GGGAAGCAAGCCCUGGAGGUCACGUCUGGACGGCAGGAUCGUUGGGGGUUCCGCUGUCAGCAUCUCCCAGUACCCAUGGCAACUAUGUUUCGAACUUGGCACUUACAACAUGUGCGGCGCCUCCAUCAUCAGCGUCAACUGGGCUCUCUCUGCAGCUCGCUGUGUCGAUGGCGUCUCCACCAGCCAAAUGCUGUUGCGUGCUGGCACCUCCACCAGGGGUAGUGGUGGUUCCACGCACAGAGUGGCCGCUGCCUACAUUCACGAAGGCUACUUUGGCAACGACUACGACAUCUGCGUCCUCCAAGUUUCUAACUCCUUCAGAUUCGGCACCAACGUGCAGCCCGUGGAUCUCGCCUCGGCGGACGCCACUGUUGGAAGCUUAGCAACAGUCACCGGCUGGGGUGCGACCUGGUACAACGGCAGCCCCUCCGACACGCUGCUGGCGGCCACCGUCAAGAUCAUAGACCGCAACACGUGCAACCACUCGUACGGCGGCAUCACUGACCGCAUGAUCUGUGCAGGAGUGACCGGAGGUGGCUACGGCGCCUGCCAGGGAGACACCGGUGGUCCUCUGGUGUCCGGCUCCACCUAUCAGGUGGGCAUCGUCUCCUGGGGCAAUGGAUGCGGCUUGGCCGACUAUCCGGGAGUAUACACCAACGUCGGCAACCUUUGGCCCUGGAUCCAGCAAGCUACUGGCAUCUAAGCAGUGGAACAGCUAUACUGCACAAAUAAUAGUCCUUUUCUUGAAC